AAAUAACAACAAAUCGCUCACUCAAUCAAUAAAAACAUAAAAUUUAGUGCGCAAGGAACACCAGCAGCAGCAGUAGCAUCAGCAGCAGCAGGAACAGGAAAAGGAACAAAAACAAUAUUCCCCUCAAAAAAGGACAACAAUCACUCACACGCGAGUAGAGAGUAAUUGUUGUAAUUUUUUUGCGUAAAGGACGCAAAACUAACAUAGCAUAGUCCUGCAAAAAAAUAAGGAUAACAAUUUGGAAAUAAUAUCCUCGAUUUACCGUUAUCCGUUGCACUGGAAAGUUGAACAAUUAUUGAGUAUUUACCGUUACCUGUGCGACAACAAACACGCACACCACGAAACGCGAGACGGAAAUAGAAAGUGAGAAGAAGGGGCAAGGCGGGGAGAGACGCAGAGAGGGGCGACGAGGUGCGAGGUGCGAAAGGUGAGAGAAACAACAAUAAAAACAACGGGAUUGGAGCUGAAGUUCGAGGAUUAAGCCACAAAAAAAAAAAAACAACAACAACAACACACACACACAACAGCGAUAAAAAAAAAUACUAAAAAAUCUGCGGCUUAAGGUGGAAACUUUUUUUUUUGUUGUGGCAACUUAAUUGAAUUAAGUUCCAGGAGAAAAGGAUACAACUUCCAGGAUCAAGCAAGGAAGACACUGUAACUUUUAACCCAUCAGUAGAAGUGGCUUAGAGUCCUUACCGAAAAUAUCCUUCAAAAAUGUACAAAACCAUAAGACACGGCGAGAAUAGUCUGCAAUAUACAAUUUUGCCGCAAAACGAUGAUUUUCGUAUCGAGGGCAAGCUAUCGGGGGCAGGACGAUCGGCGUCUUCCGGUGGAGCCUCCACUUCCGGUGCGACAACUUCCGCCAGCGGCAAGGUCAAGGGUCAGCGACGUCGGCGCUCGUUCUUCGCCUAUUUGGGUCUCAUUUUCGUCUGUACCGUUAUCAUUGGCGCCAUUUUAAUACCCUUCCUCGUCUCCGCCGAAUGUCUGCCGAAUCCCAAGGAGUGGUUCCUAAAAACCAAAGCGGCUUUCAUACAACACGGAUCAGGAUCGGGAACGGGAACGGGAUCAGGAUCAGGAUCAGGAUCAGGUUCUUUGCCGAUUGGUGGGGAUCUGCUGCCGACAGGAUCGCCGCUCCUGCAACAGAGUGUCGGCCGGAAUGUCCAAAUCGUUAACCGGAACGGAGUCGAGCAGUUCGUCCUCCGAUUGAACAAAACGUAUCCUUUGAGCACCACCAGCACCGCAGCAACCCAGCAGCCACCACCCAGUAGCACCUCCUCCUCUACCACUACAACAACAACAACAACUACGACAACUACAACCACUGAAGCUCCUCCUCCACCGCCACCGCCACCAGCUCCAGUUGCAACAAUUCCAACAACCACCACAACCCGAGAACCAGCCACAUAUCCUGUCCAGAGACAUCAGCUACCGGGUACUACCAUCACCACACGGAUCAUCCAGGUGCCUCUGUUGAAAUCCGCCGCCAAGAAACCGAUUAUGCCGCCGGUUUUGGCCAAGGCCCAGGGCAACCAAGUCCAGCCGAAUCAGGCGCCGGUGGAGGCGAAACAGGGGCAGGAUGUGGCGGGAAACCGAAGCAACAGCGCCUGGAUCAAGACGCACUGGGCCUACAUCGAUCCCUCUACCUAUUUCCAGUGGACGGGCUACAAGGCCGAGGAUAGCGUGCUGCUUCCCGCUCUGCUGGGCUUUGCCCUGAUUGGCGUGAUUUUGAUCAUAACGGUAUGCCUGGUGGCACGCAACAAGCGCACCAUCGUCUCCUCCGUCCGCAAGCGGAAUCGCAACGACAUUGAGGAGCAGGGGGCCGAGGACAAUGCCACUUUGCUCACAACCACAAACCUAUCGGAUGACGAUUAAUUGGAACUCGUCUAGACGAAGCCCCAAUAUCUCCAGACUCACCUAUGAUUCCAGCUUUUCCGGGCUACGAUUCCACUUAUUUCGAUUUCCAGGCACAGAUCCCAGGAUCGGAUUAGAUCAGAUCUCAGAGCUCUUUGGAAGCCAAAAGCCAAGCUAAUGCCUAAUCCGAUCGGAUCGACUUUCUCUCUUAUGUUUCUUAUUUCUUAUUUACCUUUCCCUUUCCCUCCAAAAAAAAUUAAUAAAUUUAACCAAAAAGAGGACAUGAAAAAGAAAAGUAUCCAAAGAAGACUGUUUCUGAAACAAAAAAACAAGAUCCAAGACUUUAUGAUUUUCCGCUCGUUUUCAAAAACUUGUUUUUUUCGAAAGUUCCCAUUCCCCAAAAAGCAAAUAACAGUAUCUUUGUUUCUGUGUGAAUGUGUGAGUGCAUGUGUGUGUGUAUUAGAUACAUCCCAAAAGAUACAUAGAUAUUAAAAAAAAAAUUACAAAAUUUAAUUAAAUAUUCCAAAAAAGCAAGGCACGAAAAUUUAAGUUACAGGCAAGAACAGUUUCCAUAUUAAAUUAAAUUAUAUUAAAAAUUCUUGAGAAAAAACACAAAAAGUACAGUGCGUUUCAGAAUUGUAGGAACUUGAAGUAAAAUAUAAUAUUUAAUAUUAUGACACAUUUUUUAAUUCAAACUUAAAGCGAGCUUGUUUUUCUAAUUGAUAUUCUUUUUUUUCGAGCUGCUAGAGAACCUUUUUAAAAAGACCCUACCGUUCCGAAAAGCACUGUAUUUUGAAGGGAAAAAAAUAUAUAUAUAUUAUAUAAUAAUGGGGUCUGCUUAAAGAUAUCCCAAAAAAAAAAAAAAAUAAUGAAAAGUUUAAACUUAAUUCGUGUUAACCAAAGGCAAACACACUCGAAUCAAAUGAAAACGUCCAGAAAUGAGAAUAUUUUUUUCGCAACAGCAGCAGUAGCAGCAGCAGUGCUUCUUUAACGAGUCUGGACUGUACUUGAUUUUUAGCACAAAUAUAUAUAUAUAUAUAUAUAUAUAUAUAAAUAUAUAUAUACGGAGCCGAUGCAUUUACGCCUGGAUUUAAAGGUCCUUGAGGCUAAAGAAAUCCUGCACAGCUUGCAGCCGCCGAGAGCACCACAAAAAAAAUAUAUAUAUAAAAAUGAUAUUAAAAAAUAUAGCUUGCCGAGAAGAGAAUCCAGAUAUUGUAAGAGGGGUGGUGGUACGUGGUACGUGGUACGUAGCGGGGGAGUACUGUAUGUCUAUAUAAACUGUGUAUAACUGUGAAGCAUUGACAAGUAUUUGAGAUGAUCUGUAUUUUUGUAAGCGUAAUAUUUAAUAUUUAAUGCGGGAAGCCAAUAAAAAAAACAAAAAACAAAAACCAAUCCAGAGAAGCAACUAUAUAGGCGUAAGAAGAUAACCGAUGCGGCACUAGCCACAAACAAUUGAUUUGCUCAACAUAUAUAUAUAUAUAUAUACACACACAAUCCGAACAGUAUAUACAAUACAUAUAUGUAUAUAUGUAUAAAAUAUAUAUAUAUUACAAAGUAUAUAAUGUAACGCAAAGUAUAAGGCUUGCAUUUAAGAGCGGGAUAUAUCCUUAAUAUGUGUAUGUUAUCACUAAUUUGCAAAGCUAAACCAAGUCCAUGUAUACAGAACAGAAACAGAAACAGAAACAUACAUAUACACAUCUAUAUAUAUAUAUAUAUAUCCGGAUCCGGACUUACUACUCAUACACACAUUACAGACAUGAUUAUAAAGUGAAGAACAACACAACACACACACACACUAUAUUGAAUGUUUUUGCUUGUUAAAGUGAAUAAUAAAGAAGAAAACUAAAAAAAGA